GGUCAAACCGGAUACAAAGAUGUCUUGUCCACUGCAACGGAUGUGCAGAGAUUCGUGCAAGUUUUUGGUGGGAUGAUUUCGCACAGCACUCCGCAUCUGUAUGUAUCGGCACUGCCAUUUUCGCCCCUCAAGUCCACCAUAGCUCCAUGGUUUACGGAAAGAUUUCCAAACACUCUUCGUCUGUUACGAGGACGUCUUGUGAACUGGCCUGUUAUUCAGACCGUGAUCAGUGGGCACACUGAUUCGGUUUGGUCAGUCUCGUUCUCCCCCGAUGGCACUCGCAUCGUGUCUGGUUCACAAGAUAAAACUGUCCGGCUGUGGGAUGCGGCGACGGGGCUGCCAUUGGGUGAGCCCUUCCAAGGGCACACUUCUUCGGUUUCGUCAGUCUCAUUCUCCCCUGAUGGCACUCGCAUCGUGUCUGGUUCAAGGGAUUCCACUGUCCGGCUGUUGAAUGCAGCCACAGGGCAACAAUUCCAGGAGCACACUGAGAUCCACUCCCCUGCAGUCUCUUCGGAUAGACGUCCCACCACACCUUGCAAUCGCCCCAUUUGUUUUGCAUCAAGCUUGGACCAUGCAUUGCAGGACCCUGCUGAGCUGUUCAAGGGCACCUUUCAUCACGAUCUUAAUUCAACCCCUGUCAUGCUGGAAGAUGAUGCCUCGCCGGAAGAUGAUGGAUGGAUGGUAGGACCCGAUCGUCGGCUGCUUUUCUGGGUACCACCCGCUUCCCGACAAGAACCAUUUUAUUAUCCUGGGACUGUAUUUGUGAUGCCCAGUGGGCUAGAGAUUGAUUUGAGUCGCAUGGCUCAUGGAGAACAAUGGUGGAAAUGCCGAGAUGCCCCUACUUGCAAAUGAUCCAAUUGUAAUACCGAGUCUACAGUUCUGUUCUAUAUUAGUUAUAUAUCUGUUAUCGAGC